AUGGAAGAACAGCAGCCGGAACCUAAAAGUCAGCGCGACUCGGGCCUCGGCGCGGCGGCGGCGGCGGCGGCCCCGGGCGGCCUCAGCCUGAGCCUCAGUCCCGGCGCCAGCGGCAGUAGCGGCAGCGAUGGAGACAGCGUGCCCGUAUCCCCGCAGCCCGCGCCCCCCUCGCCGCCCGCCGCGCCCUGCCUGCCGCCCCUGGCCCACCACCCGCACCUCCCCCCGCACCCCCCGCCCCCGCCGCCGCCGCCGCCGCAGCAUCUCGCGGCGCCUGCUCACCAGCCGCAGCCCGGGGCCCAGCUGCACCGCACUACCAACUUUUUCAUCGACAACAUCCUGAGGCCGGAUUUCGGCUGCAAAAAAGAGCAGCCGCCGCCGCAGCUCCUGGUGGCGGCGGCGGCGGCGGCCGGAGGAAGCGCAGGAGGAGGAGGCCGGGUCGAGCGUGACAGAGGCCAGACUGGCACAGGUAGAGACCCUGUCCACCCGUUGGGCACGCGGGCGCCGGGCGCCGCCUCGCUCCUAUGCGCCGCGGACGCGAACUGUGGCCCACCCGACGGCUCCCAGCCCGCCAACACCGCCGGCGCGGGCGCGUCCAAAGCCGGGAACCCGGCUGCGGCGGCGGCGGCGGCGGCGGCGGCGGCAGCGGCCGUGGCAGCGGCGGCGGCAGCAGCAGCAGCCGCCAAGCCCUCGGACAGCGGCGGCGGCGGCAGUGGAAGCGGCGCGGGGAGUCCUGGCGCACAGAGCGCGAAGUACCCGGAGCACGGCAACCCUGCCAUCCUACUUAUGGGCUCAGCCAACGGUGGGCCCGUGGUCAAAACUGACUCACAGCAGCCCCUCGUCUGGCCCGCCUGGGUCUACUGCACUCGCUACUCGGAUCGUCCGUCUUCUGGUCCGCGCACCAGGAAGCUGAAGAAGAAGAAGAACGAGAAGGAGGACAAGCGGCCGCGGACGGCCUUCACGGCGGAGCAGCUGCAGAGACUCAAGGCGGAGUUCCAGGCGAACCGCUACAUCACGGAGCAGCGGCGGCAGACCCUGGCCCAGGAGCUCAGCCUCAACGAGUCCCAGAUCAAGAUCUGGUUCCAGAACAAGCGUGCCAAGAUCAAGAAAGCCACAGGCAUUAAGAACGGCCUGGCGCUGCACCUCAUGGCCCAGGGACUGUACAACCACUCGACCACCACGGUCCAGGACAAAGACGAGAGCGAGUAG